GAACUGAAAUAUGUACCACAGAGGACGUGGAGUAAAACACGUGAUGAAGAUCAGUUGGUCUGAGUGUCUCUGUUUGAUUCUCCUGCAUCUCCAGCAGACCACUGUCUCCACACUGGAGAGGUUUGAGGUUCUUGGUCCAGCUGAUCCUGUAGUUGCUGUAGCUGGUGAAGAUGUUGUCCUGCCCUGUUACCUCAAACCCAACAUCAGUGCUGUGGACCUACAUGUGGAGUGGUUCAGAGUUCAGAUUGAUAACCCAAUUGUACAUCUUUACCGGGAUCAUGAGGACAGAAAUGAGAAUCAAGUUCCAUCCUACAGGGGAAGGACAUCACUAUUCCCUGAAGAACUGAAGAAGAGAAACACAUCAUUAAAACUCUAUGAUGUCAGAGGCUCUGAUGAUGGGCCCUAUAAAUGUUUUGUGGAGUCUCAGGAGUGGCAGGAUGAUUCCUGGAUUAAUCUGCGUAUUAAAGCUGUAGGAACCCAACCACUGAUCUCCAUUGAAGGAUAUAAAGAAGGAGGGAUCAGUCUGGUGUGUGAAUCUAAAGGCUGGUACCCUCAGCCUCAAGUGGUCUGGAUGGACAGUGAAGGACACAGUCUCCCUGCUGGACACACAGAGACACACACAGACAGUAUGGGCCUCUUCACCGUGAGACGACGUGUUAUUGUACAGGAGACAGAGACCAACAGGUUCACCUGUCGAGUUCGACAGCAACAGAUAGUGACCUUUGCUGUGAUCUUCAGUCUGGCUGCUGUUUGUAUUAUUGGAUGCACAGUUUUGAUUCACCGUUUUGUAAAACUGCAGCGAAAGAGAGGUCAGCUCAAAGAACAGUAUGGACUGAUUACCAGACGCAUGUCUAUAGAAAACAUGUGCAGGAGAGCUGAACUUCUGAAGGCACAAAGAUACGCAGUUGAUGUGACUUUGGACCCUGAUACAGCAAACCCCUGGCUCAUCUUGUCUGAGGACAAGAAACAAGUGAGACAUGGAGUCAUAUGGCAGGAUCUUCCUUACAAACCAGAGAGGUUUAAACGCCGGAUAGGUGUCCUGGGAAAAGAGGGUUUUUCUUCAGGGAGACGUUACUGGGAGGUGCAGGUUGGGGACAAGACUGAGUGGGAUUUAGGAGUGGCCAGGGAGUCCAUCAACAGGAAGUGGUAUUUUCCACUGAAUCCUAGUGGUGGUCUCUGGGCUAUCAGUCUGUGGAAUGGUAAUGAGUACUUGGCUUUCACUGACCCCUCUGUGUCCCUCCACCUGAGCGUGAAGCCCCAGAAGGUGGGGGUGUUUGUGGACUAUGAAAAGGGUCAGGUCUCCUUUUACAGUGUGGAGGACAAGUCUCAUCUCUACACUUUCAUUGGAUAUAAAUUCACUGAGAAACUCUAUCCAUAUUUCAGCCCCUGUACCAAUGAUGAUGGUACAAACUCAACCCCAUUGAUCAUAUCUCCUGUCAGUGAUACAGACUGAAGAAACUGAUU